AUGUGUAAAGGUGCACGUGGACCGGGGACGUCCGAAUUCUUCUCCCCUAUAGGUGGCAGAGAAAACCCCCUGAGCGCGAAAAAACGCGAGAAAACGAAAAAAAAGUCGAAUUUGGCUGGCCGGACCCCCUAUUUAGGGGAUUUUGAGCAACCGAAAACUCGGUUCAAAUCUGCUUUCCCCCUCACCGUUCCCCUCACCGUUCCCCUCACCGUUCCCCCCACCGUUCCCCCCACCGUUCCCCCCGGCGUUCCCCCCGGCGAUCCCCCUGCUCGCGAUCCCCCUGCUCGCGAUCCCCCUGCUCGCGACUCCCCCCUGCUCGCGCGCACGCGACUCCCACGUGGUUUGUCUCGCAAGUUGUCUCGACAUCUUCUUUUAUUAUAG